CUCUGAUCUCUCUUCCUCUUCCCUUCUGGCUGUCGGAACCAAGUACCUAAUCCCAAUUAACCACUUCACUCGUUUUUACGUUUCCCCCCAACACAUUCUAACCAUAGUCUUUCGUUAUUUUUUUUAUUACCUCACCCUACCACACAGAACGUUAUCAGCAUAGUCCACAUCUCGAUUGGCCUACUCUACUAUUAUAUCAUCUACAACCCAUCUCCCCUGUUGUAUACCUUUUUUCAUCGCAAUCACAAACUUGUCUGUCCAGCCGUGUUUUUUUAAGUAGUUUCUGUGUUUUGUUUUUCUCUCACCCUGCAGACAAAACCAUAACACUCUUUUUGCUAUCCACUCAUUUCCAACUACCGUCAAUCGCUUACCCCACUAGCUGUGAACAAUUAACUGAUAAUCAUCCGAUCCGGUUGGCAUCGCAUUUCUGCACAUAUUUCAUCCGCCCACAAUGAAUUCCAAGACCCUUUCCGCCGCCUUUGGCAAUGAAAACGAUGUUAGAUUCAAGCAAAAAGAGUCGAUAAGCAAAACCCAGCCCAUCAGCCGUGUGGCGUUGGGCGAUGUUCCAAUUCCGGGCAAUUACAGAACCACCAGCGCCAUCGAGAGUUUGCGCAAAAUAGCUCCCCGCGUCCAGAUUUUCCUUGAUGACUCCAAGGACGAAAGAGCCGUCAAAGCCCAGAGAACCUAUUCACAACCACUGCAGUCCAGAGCUAUGCCCGAAGGACACGCUCCCUUUUCGCAGUCGUUUUCGCAUCCUAUCAAGCCUCAGGAGGCCGAAGAAGACCACACCGAUGACGACUUGGACUAUGAGAAGGAGAAUCAGUUACAAGGCUUUGAGCAUAUAACACAGUAUGAAACCUACGAAGCGCAGUUGGAGAAGCCCCAUCUGGAAUCGCAUCCGUUGGAGACCGCUCACCAGUACGGAGUAGACGAAGAGGGACAAGAAGCUGCUGCCACCUCCGACACCACACAACACUUUACACAGCCCGCCUCGGAGAUUGAUGAGUUUGAACCCUUGGAGCCUAAGUGGAAUCGAACCAUUUUCAACGAGUUGCAGGAUGUAGUGAAGGUCUUUUCGCGUGACACUUUGGACGAAGAAGACGAGGACACGUAUGAUGUCACCAUGGUGGCGGAGUAUGCCCCGGAGAUUUUCAACUACAUGCACGAAUUGGAGAUCAAGCUUUGCCCCGAUGCCCGCUACAUGGAGCAUCAGGACGAGUUGCAGUGGGGCAUGCGUGGCGUGCUUAUCGAUUGGAUUGUCCAAGUGCACGGCCGCUUUAAUUUGUUGCCUGAAACUUUGUUUUUGACGAUUAACUACAUGGAUCGCUUCUUGAGCAAACGUAAGGUGUCGUUGUCGCGUUUCCAGCUUGUUGGCAUUGUGGCAUUGUUCAUCGCGGCCAAGUACGAGGAGAUUAACUGUCCCCUGAUUCACGAAAUUGCCUAUAUGGUGGAUAAUUCCUAUACCGUCGAUGACUUGUUGAAAGCUGAAAGAUUCAUGAUCGAUGUGCUUGAGUUUGAGAUGGGCUGGCCCGGCCCAAUGUCCUUCUUGAGACGUACCAGUAAGGCUGAUGACUAUGACUACGAGACCAGAACGUUGGCAAAGUAUUUCUUGGAGAUUACCAUCAUGGAGCCAAGGCUUGUCGCGUGCCAGCCAUCGUGGUUAGCCGCCGGGUCGCACUAUUUAUCCCGCCGUUUGCUUAAUCGUGGCACUUGGACCCCAGCCCACGUCUACUACUCCGGAUACACCGAAUCGCAGUUGCGUCCAUUGGCCCAGUUGUUGCUAGAAGCUUGUCGUAACCCCGAAGUCCAUCAUAAGGCGAUCUAUAACAAGUACUUAGAGAGAAGAUACCGCCGUUCUGCUGCUUUUGUCCAGGAGUAUUUCCAGGCAGUGGCAGAUGAGGAAGCCUCGGAAGAGGAAUCGGAGUUUUGAAUCCGUUCCAUGAUAAUGAAUUUUGUUCGGCAUUGUUUAGUUUAACACGUUCCACUUGUCAAAAAGGGCAGCGUGGGAGGAAAAAA